AUGGAGCGCCCGCCACUUCCCCAAGACCGCAACCCCAUGCUCACCGAGGGCCGGUCGCCAGUGCGUAUGUCGCAACCACAGCCUUACCGAAGCUUGGAGAAGAGGCAUUGCUAACACCUGGCGCAUGUAGAUGAGAUUCUCGUAGAAAGGCGAUGCUUAGGACAGACGGAGCUCAAGGUGAAGCCAGGCCAGGUCGGCACCAGCAAUGCGACCAAGGCCGAGAACUUGGGCACUCUGGAUUACGCCCAUCUUCGCGUGCCACUCCCCAAGGACCUCACUGGCAGUGGCAUCUUCCAGAAGGGACAGAACCGGAAAUGGCCGGAGGCAUACUUCUUGAUGGUACGUGAAUGCGCCCCGCCGACGACGCGCGAACCCGUGGAGGAGCUAAGAGACAGCUGCAGCGACGCUCGAGCGACGGCUUCAUCAGCGCGACCGGCAUGUUUAAGGCUGCAUUCCCAUACGCGCAGGUAGAAGAAGAGACGGCCGAGAAGGAGUACAUCAAGUCCUUGAGCGAAGCCUCGAGCGAAGAGGUUGCCGGAAAUGUGUGGAUUGACCCCGGAAGAGGUGAGCGUUUGAAAUUACACAUUCCACAGCAACUUGCCCUGUUUCUCACACGCUUCUGUUUGCACAGCGCUCGAGCUAGCCGACGAAUACGGCAUCACAUUGUGGAUCGCCGCGCUUCUCGAUCCCGAACCCAUCACCCACGGCACAAGCGACUCGAAGAGACUGAUCAAGUCGCCGCCCGCGUAUAAGAUGAAGGACAUGGCCAACGGCAUUGGACGAACACCAGACAAGGGCGCAGCAGGAAAGCGCUCCACGCGCGGCACACGGAGCAUGCGCUCAGAAUCGCCCACAUCUACCAGACCCAAAGCCACACCGCGCACCAGAAGAACCGCGAAGACUCCGCGCAAAGGUCGCGGCGAGGACCUCGCGAGUGUCGACGAGAACGCUUCCUCACAGGGCGAGCCGGUGAAUGGCACGAAAGGUGACAGCGUCACAGUCGAAGUUGAAAACACCGUCAUCCCCGACGCGAAGGGCGAGGAAACCACCGAAACAACAAAGGUCAACGUCACCAUGCCAUCGGACAACCCUGACCUGCACCUGGACGACCCCAAGAAGGCCAUGGAGGUCGCGCGCCAGAUGACGGAACGAGCCAAGGAGAUCGGCGAGCCCAGCGCGGCCGGUCGCAAGGGCAAGAGAAAGGCAGAGGAGAUGAUCACUUCGGAUGACGAGGUCGGACUCGAAGGGCCUGCCUCGCGGGCAGCGAAGAAGGUCAAGCCGACGGAGUUGGAAUUGAGAAAGGAGCGGAUCAGGAGGAGAGCGCUGACUGGUCUUGUGGCCACUCUGGCUGUUGGGUACGUCCUCUCCCCAAUCCGCCAUGGCAGCUGUUCACGGAAUGCUAACCAUCUCACAGCGCCGUCUUCCCUUCCAUCGCGUCUUUCAUGGGUUUCCUGGCAUGA